CUCUACCCAGUGUCGCGCGUGCGGAUCGGCUCGUUCGUUGUGCGCAGCGAGUCGGACGGCUGAGCGAUGGAGGGAGGAGGCAGCGUUUCGUGGGUGAAAUACGGACCCGUCGUGUCCCUGUUCGUGGUUCUUUUGGCCGUCUGGUUUCGGUCCCCUGACGACGCGGUUCCGGACGGCCGGCUGGACACCGUCUUGUCGUCUUUGCUCCGGGCCGAGGGAAAAGUCGGGGUGAACGACGUCGCCAAGCCCAAAGUGGCCAUCGGUUUUGGGGGUUGUGUUGACCUGAUAGUGGACGGGGUAAUGUUGCUGAAUAAGAUCGGCCUCCCUCCCACAGACCAGCCCCUACACCACAACUACAUAGAAAACGAAGUGCAGCUGGCUGAGAGCUUUGCCUACUUCUUUGCACCGGGAGCUGCAGCAGAGCGUUUUAUGCUGAAUGAUACGCUAUUCAGGGAGCUGGUCGAAGCGUCCCGGGACCUCCCUGGAAACCGAUGGGCCGUAGGUGGAAACGCCCCAGUGAUGGCUAAUCGCAUGGCAACUGAGGGGUGCGAUAUUUUGCUCGGUGGAAGUUUCAGCCCUGAUUUUACCGAUAUCCUGUCCCAACACAUUACAGUGGCAGGUAACAUAAUUGAAGAGCCAGACAUUCAUCUAAUCCUGGAGUAUCCGUCUGGUGCUAGCUGGGGUCAGUAUACCUCACGUAGAGCCAACAGAUACAUCGUCCACAGCGAUGACCAUAACCCCUACCUGGACUCCAUGGCAGAGUUUGCUGAGAAACUUAAAGACUUUGAACCAGAUUUGCUGGUGGUGGGUGGGCUGCAAAUGAUGGAUAACUUCCCCUUCCAGGCAGGUGAGCGGGACGCUCUCCUCUCCCGCCUGUCGGGCCUCAUGGCCUCCUCGUCUCCAUCGAUUGGAGUGCAUUUUGAGAUGGCCAGUUUUGUAGAGGAGAGUAUAAUGGAGGACCUACUUCACUAUGUCAUUCCCCACGCGGACUCUUUAGGGAUGAACGAACAGGAGCUUCCCAACCUGCUCAGCCUGCUUAAAGGCUCCAACAUCACCGUGUUGUCGGACCCAAACCCUCGCGUAGCUACCGUCCUCGACCAGAUGAGGGAGGUCUAUCGCAUCGUGAACCAGCGCUCCAAGGAUGGCAGUGAAGAAAGUGACACCUACGGUGCUAAAGCUAAGCCGCUGACUCGGCUCCACGUCCACACGCUGGCCUUCCAGGCCAUGAUCGUGACCCGCGGCUCCCAGUGGAAGAACACCAUGUCCGCCACCGCCAAGGCCUCUCUCACGGCUAACCGCCACGUCUGUGGCUCUGACGCCAUAGACCCCAGCAAGGCGAGGCUCAUCAUGGACGACUCGUUCUCCAUCAGCCGGCAGGAAGGCAGCCAGCGUAUCCCUCUGCAGGAGAGCAAGCCGGUCAGCUGCUGGGAUGAAGAGGACUACGAGAUCUGUGUAGCACCAGUGCUCGUGUGCACCGAGGUUUACCAAACCGCAGGUGGAGGAGACAACAUCUCAGCUGCUGGCCUGGUGCUGCAGAUCUAGAGAACUAUAUGAUCUACCUGUGUGUGUGUGUGUGUGGUGCUAACUACAUGUUGGCAGCAAUGUGACAGAUGGGAUGCAAUGAUUGGGAAAUGUAUCGAGCUAUAUAUCCCAGGUGGACCAAAAUGAAAAUGUACUGUCAUUCUAAGGAGUCAGAUGGUGGGGAAGGUGUUAAUCAGGUAAAUCACAAGAUUUGAGAUGUAUGGACUCAGCACCAAGCGCUUUUGCAUCCAGUUUAUUUGAUGGCUAAAACCACAAACAUCUCUGUCAAGUCAGCCAUCAUUGGACUCAUCUUAUCCUCUGCUUACUUCUCUGAGACCUUCAGCAAAGCGUAGAUAACCUGGGAUAUGGUUUGGAUAAAGUCCAUAAAAAAAUCAAGGUUUGUUCCGGCUAGCAGCCGACAAAUCUUUUACAACGUCAGCUGUAGGGUUCAAGUUCUCUUUGUGUGGUUUAAAUAAGUGACUAUGCAGAGUUGGAUAACUAUUUAAAAUGCUGAAUCUUCUGCUUUCAGGGAGCACGUUUAUCAGGUGUCACCUACCUAAGAAUACUGCUACUUAUACCUCCAAUCGGUGAACAGGGCCUUUGCCACACCUGCCUUGCCCCAUAUGUUUCAACCUGUCAGCAGUGGUGGAAAGUAACUUUUCGAGGUAAUUUUUACCUUACUUGAGUAUUUUCACUUUCUUGUACUUUGCAAUACAUUUUUGAAGUAGGCACUGUACUUUUUGCUACAUAACUUGACAUACUUUGCAGAUUUAAAUGAUUUAUCAAAAAUAAGAUGCCCAGCAGCAUAUAAAGCUAACACAUUUAACUAAUUAAAAUAUUAAUGCAUCGCUAGUUGCAAUUCAAUGAUAUACUUUGGGGCAAUUCUUCAUAAUGAGUACUACUACACCACUGCGGUCAGUUUGGUAACGUGGCAUGAUCUGCACCUUAAAGCUAAUGGGCAGCUUCUAUCCUGCUUCUUCCCUCAACAAAUACAUUGUCAAAGAAAAAGAAAGAUUCAACGUAGUGAUGUCAUCACCUCCUGUUCAUCCUGUGUGGAAAAAGUGUCCUCUGGUCUGGGUGUGUUUGUUUGGGAUUCUCUGUCCUCCGUGUGUCCGUUUCAGUGCAAUAAUGCAAAAGGGUGUAAAGAGACCACUUCUGGUAGCUUGACAUGAUGUCAGACUUCCCGUCUACCUCCGUGCUAUUUCGUUGUCACUCUUUUCUGUUACUUUGUCCAACUUUCAUCGGUCUCAUUUCUCCUCUUUUUUUACUCUUUAAGGACCAAAUAACCAGUGUGGUGUUCCUAAAGAUCUCAUGUGAUAUGAUGCAUGAAGUGGAACAUCUUUCUCUCUGGUUUUUGUUGUUUUGUUGUAACUCAUGAAGCCGUGGUGUUGCCAUGGAUUCUAUUAUCUGUGAAAUAUUGGACCGUAAAUAUGUUUGUGUUCUUCAUUGGAUUCCAUGCCAGGUAACUUCUCACUAAUGAGAAAAUCUAUAAAUGAAAACGUGGCCCUGCCUCUGAUUGGCCAUCGACUCCUGUUUCACUGCAGCGCUGUCUAUAUUCCAUCGCAGUCCCGGUUUCAUUCAUUUUCUCCAUACAAUAUGAUUUCAUUUUUAUAUUGAUUACAAUGUUUGUUUGUUUUUAAAUAUACUUUAGCCCCUUUUUGCUGAGGAACAUGUUUCUUCAUUACGAUCCACCAAGUAUGGACUACUUUUACAUUUAAAGAAAUCUAUUUAAAUGUUUCCACUUGAAUUCUGUUGUUGGAUUAAACAAGCCUUAUUCUGUUCUGAAGUUUCGGUCUUUAGUGAAAAGGGAAUAUUUAAGUAUUUUAAUAUAACUGGGCGUAUAGUUAUUUUUCUCUGAUGUUUUUGUCUUGUACAGUGAUUGGAAGAGUAACGGGUUGUGUUUUUACUGUGAAUUAAUUUCAGUGUGCACUAUAGUGUACUAUUUAAUAUACUUAUCUUUUAGAUAAGUCACAUCAUCCUUGUUUCCAAGCUGCGUUUGAAUGUUUCAUGCAUGUUAACUAUUCAAUGCAGAGUCACAGAUAAAAUGCUACCCUGA